AGGCGAGCCACCCCCUCGGAGCGCGCCCGCGUUGCGCCGCGUCGCGUCACGUUCCUAUCAACCCAUUUACCUACCUAGCCCAUCUAGCCAUUUAUUCGAGCAGCGCCCGAUAUAACGAUGGGCGAGGCCAUCUUCCUGCGGAGCAAUGACUGGCGAAGAACGCGCAAUUUACCCUUCCCGUAAUUUACCCUUCGUGUUACAGGGAAAAUCCUGGGAACAGCACGUCAAUGAGGAAACAGGCGAUGCUCGGCCCGAUCAGGGAUAUGUACACGGUACACCGCAGGCAGACGAACAUAUACACAUAAAUUAUAGCAAGGCCGAGGAGAUAGCAUUGAUCGCGAAGAUAGUUCGCGAUUUGCGCGACAUACGGAUCGGAGAUUCGCCUUAUGUACUUCCGCCUUCAUUGUUGGAGAAACAGGUGAAAUGCAACGACGAUGCGCCGCUCACGAAUCCGACAACCGAUGUCGUCGAAACUCAGCUCACGACCCGAGGUCAAGGCGACACGCAUCAGAUUGUACACGCAGAGGUCUUCGAGUCGCCGGCUGAGUCGACGGAGCCGGUGAGAUUGAUUCGAAGGAAGAAGGAGAGCGAAGCGGCCAACGAGGCGACCAACGUGUCCGUCGGUCUCAUACACCAGUUAAUCGAGGAUCUGGAGGACAAGACGAUUCCGGUCUGCUCCGAAGACAAUACUCCUUCAGACUCGGUCAGUAAGGAACACAUUGCCACUUGGGAGGAGAAAGAAGAGCAAUUCGUUAGGACUAUCGAGAGCAAUGCUGGAGGCAGACACGAUACUACAACGAGCAUUCUUCGGGAUAGCAAAUCGAUUGGCCGCUUCCGUGUCAUCGAGCUAAAGCACGAUGAGGAACUGAAGUCUCACUCGAGUCAACACGUAGGGUCCUCAAGGGAAGUCGACCUCGAGGAAGUUCAACUCGAGAAACGCGGCGCGAACUCGUUAUCGUCGUUAAAACCAUCGCGCGAUGAAGACACCAGGACCGUGGAUCAGAUACUACCUAUCGACGACGCAGAGAAGCGAAAAACGUUCGGCGAAGCGACGGCGAAGAAGAAGAAGAAGAAAGGCUUUGGCAGCCGACUGAGGAAACUCUUCCGCGCCGCCUUCGGCCGCCGUCGGAAGAAUUGAUGCUGAGUUCCGGAGGGAAUC